AUGGCAUCGGUUUCAUCGCUAGACAGGGACCUGCGCAACAUGCGACUGUCGAAAUAUACCCCUCAGGCAGCUAAUGAAGUGCGAACCUGGAUUGAAGAAACGCUGCAGGAGAAACUUCCGAAUGGCGACCUCCUCGAAGCGCUGAGGGAUGGAGUAGCAUUAUGCAGACUGGUCAAUCUUGCGGUAGGCCCUCCAGGCGUGAAAUACAAACAAUCAAAUAUGCCAUUCGUCCAGAUGGAAAAUAUAUCUCAUUUCCUACACGCUUGUCAAAGGGCUCCUCUAAACCUCCCUCCCCACGAUGUAUUCCUUACGGUCGACCUUUACGAGGCGAAAGACCCUGCCCAAGUUCUACAGUGUCUUGGGGCGUUCAGCCGCAAAGCAUAUGCUAUCCAGCCUUCUAGGUUCCCAGGCGCAAUUGGGAAAAACAAGAACGGUGCAUUGAGCCCUCAAAUGAGUGGAUCGAGCCAGGGAGGGCGUUUUGGUGCUCCAUACUCCCGGUCCCGCGGACAGAGCAACGUCAGUGAUAUCGGACGAGCAAGUCCCACAAACCCGUCCAGCAGAAGUGGUCCAGCCUCGCCUCCUGCAAAGACUGUCAGUGCAUGGAGUAGUAAGGCUGACGAAGCCACCACAGCACCUGCUUGGAAUAUCCACCAAUAUGGAUACAUAGGAGGCGCAAGUCAAGGCAAUCUCGGCGUAGCAUUCGGUGCACGGCGACAGAUUACCACUCCUAGUCCAGCUGUACCUAGCCUGGCAGAAAAGGAGAAACGACGACAGGAAGAAGAGGAACAGGCAAGAAUACAAGCAGAGGAAGCCGAACGUCAGCGAGCACAUCGGGAGGCUGAAGAAGAACGUGCAAAGGCAGAAGAAAAACAACGUUGGGAAGAAGAGGAAAGGAUCCUACGAGAAAAAGAACGAAAGCAGGUUGAGGAGGAGAAGAGGCGAUGGGAAGAAGAACAGCGCCAAUGGGAGCAAGAAGAAGCCCGCCGACAGCAAGAGGAGAAAGACUUGGAGGAACGAAUGGAAAAGGAGAGACUACAUAAGCGGGAGGCCGCGGAUGCUAGGUUAAAUGGUCAGUUCCUAAGCCAAUAUCAAACUGCCCAGCGGCCUUCGCGAGGGGUAGCCGCUCCAUUAAAUGAAUCAAAAGCUGCUCCCUCGAGCGAAAGUGAGCGAAUCAAGGCAUUGGAGCUCGAACUCGAAAAGGCAAAAGAGAGAGAACAGCGGUAUGAGCUUGAACGCCAGGAGCUGGCUGCUCUACGCGGGUCUCCUCAACCAGAAGCCAGCCCUCUAGCUCGUUCCCCCCGUCCAGAUAACAAUCGACCAAGCCAUACUCCACAGAAGCCGAGCUACGAUUUAUCGUCGCAAGAACAGGAACGUCGAUUACUCCGAGGCGAAUGGAAUGUACGUAACCAGGACGAAUCAACAGCAAACCCGCCUCCAUCGCUACCACCUCGUGAUCUUCCCACUCCACCUGCAAUGCCACCGAGAAAGGUGAACUCGCCAACUUCACCUCGCCCUCUGCCGGAUCCUGCCAACUACGUUAACAAGAAUCGCACGGAUCGCUAUUUGCAAAAUAACCCUGCUCCUACGUCUCAAAAGCCGGUAACAUACCGCCCACCGGAGUUCUCAUCUACGGCUGAAGUAGACGAAGAAAACAGACGACGUGUUGAAUCUACGCAGAAGACCCGCGCUGGCGGGUGGGCAUCAAAGUCGCUCCUUGAGAGAGAGAUGGAACGAGAGCGUGAACGGCAACGGGAAUGGGAAGAAAACCAGCAGCAAACGAAGGAUGCAGUCAAGAAGGGUGUUAAUACUGCCGGUAGCGGUCCAGGGGAAGGCGGAUGGGAUGUACAUCAAUAUGGAUAUCUCGGAGGAGACAGCCAAAAUAAAUCAGGAACUGGAAUUGGAUUCGGUGCAAGACGGCAGAUAAUCGGGCCUCGUCCGCCACGAUAG